AGACCAGCCCUGUCCUCUGUCCCGACCCCUCCCAGCCUCACACCACCAUGUGUGACACUAGCUGCCCUGCGAGCUGCCAGCCGACUUGCUGUGUGCCCAGUUCCUGCCAGGAGAUUUGCUGUGUGCCCAGUUCCUGCCAGCCAGCCUGCCCUGCUCUCUGUUGCCCUGCCGUGGGCUGCCGAAACCCCUGUGGUGCCUCCCGCGUGGCUCUGCUGUGCCGGCCAGCCUGCUGUGAGCGCAGCCCCUGCCAGGCAUCUUGCUGUGUGCCUCUGAGCUGCAAGCCUGUCCUGUAUGUCCCUGUGUGCUACAAACGCAUCGUGUAUGUGAUCCCCUCCUGCCAGUCUUCCAGGUUCUGCCAGCCCUCCUACCCUUCCCUGGUCUGCAGACCCGUCCCCUGAAGCGUCCCUUCCUGCUUCUGAGCCCAUGACCUGUAAAACCCCUGCUCCGUGUGCAGGGUCAGAAGCAGUGGGCCCUCUGACCUCCCACGAGGCAGCCCAGACAUUGUCGUCUUCACACCUCCCAGACCCGACUAGACCGUGUUGCAGCAAGGCCGCCUGGUCCCAACCAGCUAGGCUGAGGGACUCACCCAUCAGUGUCCCCCAGCCCCUGCCCAGGUCAUCCCCAUGGUGCCCACACUGGCUGGUCCAGGUUCUGAGGCCUCCAGCAUCACAGGCCUAAUAAACAUCAGAGUGCAGUGCUCACUGAGCA